CCCACCCUACCUCAUCCCAUCUUCCUUCAGUCAAAGAAAAUAAACGUCAGGGGAACAGCUGAGUCUUUCAGAGACAUAUAAAUGCCUGCUGAAUCUUCCAGACGAGGCACUUGCUGUUCCCCAUCGGUGACACAGACAUGACACUGAAGACAAUUAUUUUGGCUGCUUUUGCAGUCACUUCAGUUUUCGCCGAUUCUCCCCCGUCUUAUCGACCUCCCGUUCCUUCCUAUGGAGCGCCUCCUCCGUCUUAUAAUGCUCCAGCUCCUACCUACAAAGCGCCCUCUCCUUCUCAUAAUGCUCCAGCUCCUGCUUAUGGAACUUCAGCUCCAACAGGUCCUGCUAAGUACAACUUCAACUACGCCGUGAAGGACGACUACUCUGGAAACGACUUCGGACACCAGGAGGCUCGAGAUGGCUACGACACCAAGGGAACUUAUUACGCGCAGCUUCCCGACGGCCGUCUGCAGAAGGUCACUUACUACGUCAACGGCGACUCUGGGUACGUGGCCGAAGUCUCCUACCAAGGAGAGGCUCAGUACCCUCAGUAUCAGUCCUCCGGAGGAUACAAACCGGCCCCUAAGCCUGGGUAUUCUUAAGGGAAAUGAUUGAUGUGAUACGCCUAGUUGUCAUCUUAUUUGUUGAUGUGGUUUGAUUUAGUGAAUGUUAAAAGAUAAAUCGAUUCCAGGCUUUGCGUGUAAUGAAGUCCAAUAAAAAUGUUAUUGAAUAUUUA